GUUUGAAAUAACAGACUGCAGGAGGAGGCAGGAGGAGGCAGGAGAAGGCAGGAGAAGGCAGCGGUUUGUUGUAGCGUCGCUGUGCAGAGGGAGUCGGUCUGUUCCCGUAUGACAGAAGACACACAAGCCGGCCUUCUGCUCUGAGGGACUGAGUGAGGAGAAGUUCUCUGGGUUUCAUGUGCUCCUGUUGCUUCAUCUCUGUCUCCUCCUACAAGAAGAUGAUCGACAGAAUCCUGCUGCUCAUCAUCCUCCUGUCCUGUGUCUGUGGAUCGCUGAUCGUGACAGUGUCACAGAGCUUCUAUCAGGCAGAGGAGAAGGGCAACAUCACUCUGGAGUGGAACUUCACCACCAGAACGAACAGCUCGCUCAGUCUGCUUUUUGUCUUCUGCGACCUGAUAGCUGAUCAGGAGCUCUCGGUCCUGUAUCGUGUGCAGGAUGGCGUUGAGGUCUCAGAGCUUCAAGAUAAACGGUUUGGAGGGCGAGUCCGGAGCGACAGCGAUGCCCUCAGAGAAGGACGAAUCGCGCUUCAGCUGUCCGGCCUGACGACUCACGACUCAGGUCUAUAUGUGUGCAAAGUGAGCACGGAUCACGGCUACGGCUCUGACAGCUGCCGGCUCAACGUCACCGCAGCAGGGGACCUGACCGAACCUGAGACGUCGCACGCAGGACGGGUCGGCAUCUUCGUGGGAAUAGCGCUGAUGGGAACGACAGUGCUGGUUCUGUUCUGCUAUCUGUUCAUUCACUCUCUGCCUAAAGAGCAGGAUUACGACUCAGAGUCCAGUUACGAAGCUGAGAAAACUUUCAGUGCGUCAGACGGAUCGCUUUAAAAUGAGUCCGUUUGCUUUCUCAGUGCAUGGAGGGUGUGUGCACGGGCAUGCUCAUGGCUGCCCCGGUGCCACGAGCCAUUUCCCAAGACUAACCGGCUCACUGCUCAUUAGCUCGUGAAACAAACAACAGAUAAAAACUAUUUCGGUUCAAACUAAUUCAGCUGUGAUGAAAACCUCCCUGCAGAGGAGAAAGGAAAGGGAGACAUUUUAGGAAACUUCACAUUGAGCCGACGUCAUCAGUGUAUUUCUGGGAAUUGAAUGUGAAAGUUUACAGUCACAAAUUAUGAUUAAGGCUGAUUCUGAUGCUUCCUCACUUAGUUUGGCGGCCCCACACUUGAUGAGAGAGAGGGCUGCUAAAUAAAAAGAAGAAGAAGAAGAAGAAGAAGAAAGAACCUUCAGCCUUUAUUUCUGACGCUGAUUUGCCAGAUUUUAAACCGUCCUCACCCAGUCCCCCCAUUUGGUACCAGCACUAGGAGUACACUGGUUUGUGUCUCCUUCAUGUGGAAAGUGAAUCUGCAGCUGGUCCAUAAAGCUGCAGAAAGAAGGUUAUUAAUAAAGCAAAACUAAGAGUC